AUGCACGUGGGUGAAUCCGAGUUCAGGAGGCCUUUGGGAAUGAGCUCAGGAGGGUCUCCUCCUAAACCUAACCCUAACCCCCACCACCACCCCCGUCAACCACUACUCAACCCGGGCGCCAUCCUAGCGCCCCUGUGUCAGGAAGGGCCCACAGCUGUCCCGCAUCUGGAUGAAGAAUCCCCUUCACCACAAGACUGGGCCCACCCCGCCAAGGACCGCCCGGCCCGACCCCGGUGCAGCGCCCGGAGGAGGGCGCCCCUUCUGCCGGCCACCUCGGCGCUCGGGCCCCCGGCAAAGGAGAAGAGAGGCUGGACCCUGAACAGCGCCGGCUACCUGCUGGGCCCGCAUGCCAUCGACAACCACAGAUCAUUUAGCGACAAGUAUGGCCUCGCUGGCAAGCGGGAACUCCAGCCGAAUGGCGACCUGCAGACAGGAAGCUUUGACAGGUCAUUGCCUGAGAGCAACAUUGUGCGCACCAUAAUUGAGUUUCUGACUUUCUUACAUCUCAAAGAGGCCAGACUCCUAGGCAGCCUGCCAGGCGUCCCCGCCGCCGGGUCCCCCGAGGAUGUGGAGCAGUCCUGAGCUGACGCUUUUCCCAGUGUGAUCAUCUGUGCUGCGACUUAAAGUCACACUAAGAUGAAGAUAAACUUAUGCCAACUUCUGUGGAGUAAAUCAUUUCUGUUCUCUGCUUUGAUGCUGUGUUGUUACAAUUUGGUUUUUGGCUUUUUUUUUUGGUAAUUAUUUUGAGUGAC